AUGACACCAAAGCCCGCGAACAAAGGCUCGGGUGCAGAGCACACCCUACUACCGGCAAGCAGACUCAUGCCGCCAGAUCUGUCCUCUCCUACGUUUGACGAUCUACUCCACCUUGCGCUCUUUCGAGUAUGCGAUGCAGCAUUGUGUCUAGACACGCGACCACCAAGAUUGUUCCCCACAGCUGAGACAGUCUUUGGAAGAUACUUUACGGUAGAUGACUGGCGCAUGCAUGGUGACUUGGAGACAGCAAUGGGAAGAAUGAACUACAUGUUAUCGGACCUGCCCGAGAGAGGCGUACCGGCGAGUUGCCACCCUGCUAUCAGCUCGGUCCUGUCGUCUUCUUCUGUUCUUGCAACUUGGAGAAAGUUCGUUCAUCGUCUAGAGUGUCAUGCCAAAGAGGAAUCGGAAUGGAUCAUCGGCCAAAUGCAAAGUCAGCAGUCAAACUCAACGCACUUUGCAAAGUCUGACUUCAUAACAGCCCCAGUUGAUUAUAGAACAAUCCCUUCGGCCUCAGAGCAUGCCAUGGCGUUAUGGCACCGUUCGCUGUCGGAGAUUGCUCUACAAGUAUCUCAAGAUCAUUUCGAAGACGCAAAGUCCUUUCUACAGAUUUUCGCUUUUUUGAAAGAUCCGCUAGGAGGGCUAGAAAGCAAUUUUGAGAGGGCUGUACCGUUGUUCGUCUACCUGAUGGCGUCGCUAGACAGAGGUUUGCUAGCUCUAUCUAACUCCUUCGCUGCAGUCGCACAAGCUGCACAGGAGGCUCUAUUUCUCUCGGAUCCGUUACUAGAGAACGUGAAUUAUGUCCAUUUCUCGGGCCACCAGCAACUGCCCUACGUGUACGUGGCCUUGAAUCAACUUCCGCGUUCAGAGUUCAGUAUCCCGGGCCAUGUUCUUCACAUUAUUGAAGAGAUGCUCGCCAGUGCGGAGCAAUCAGCAUUUCAAACAUGUGAAAUCGCCCCAAUAUCGGUCGCCUCUUACCCGAGUCUACCAAUAGGUCAGGGCAAGCACACAACAGUGAUCAUCGAUGGUAACCAUCGGGCCACGGCAACUAUGGUUCUGCGACUGAUUGCCAUGCAUCCUGUCGUAUUGAAAACACAGAAUGCAGAUGACGUGCUUAGUGCAUUCUGCGCUGACCACGGUCUCAGCCUCAAAUGGAAAAUCGACCUGGCUGAUGUCUUGGCAGCCAUUCGAGACAGUCCGUGUUGCACAUUGAUCCGAGCCAAGAUGCACCUUGUGCAAAACUUCCGGACAGUUGACACCAUCCCCGCGUUGGUAGUCAGAGAGGACAAUUUUUUCACAGCCUGUCAGCAGCGACCGGCGCUAAGGGACCGUCCUCGGCUCCUAUUGCCUAUUCAUCAGGCGCUCUAUAAUGACGAGAAAUUGAAGUUUGCCUUCCCACAGGCAGGGCAGGUCCAUGGCCGAGCGGUUGGAUUCAAGCCGAUGCCACUCUUGCAUUCAUCUAGCGUGGAUGUGCCCGAUUUCGCUGAUAAUGCAUCAAAAGGAGAUUUCCAUUUUGAUGUUUCCCCGGUUGUGAAUUUGGAGCUCUGA